CGCCCAUCGUACCGCGCACCUCGACAAGCACACCAGUCCACCCGACAAAUAACAACACAACUGCGCAAAGAUGGAUUCCGCAAAGGUCCCAGUCAAGCUCGUCAAGGUCACCCGCGUCCUCGGCCGUACCGGCUCCCGUGGUGGUGUCACCCAGGUCCGCGUUGAAUUCAUGGACGACACAACCCGUUCCAUCAUCCGCAACGUCAAGGGUCCAGUCCGUGAGGAUGACAUUCUCUGCCUCCUCGAGUCUGAGCGUGAGGCCCGCAGACUGAGAUAAGCGUGGAAGGAAACGAGAGGAGUGGUGGAGAGCCUGGGGAUUAUGGCAUUCAUGAAUUGAGGACAAGACACUUUUCAGCGGGGUGUGCAAUAGCUGGCGUUUGUUGUGGCUAGGUCUAGGCACAGGCUAUCAUGCAGUGACAGAAAGUCCUGCCGACUUCGAAAAAUGCGAAUCGUGGUUCACGCCAUUUCUUGACAGAC